CCUGGUCCUGCUUGGAGAGAGACGACGGCAUCAGCAGCACGGUAUUCCGGGGAAACACCAUGCAUAUAGGGCUAAAAAGACGACUGGAGCCUUACAAUAUUCCGCUUUCUUAUUUUUGAUUUCCGUUUUUUUUUUUUGUUUCGUCCCCUUUUCUCUCCCUCCCCCCCUCUCUCCUUUUCACCCAAUCUCUGACGCGCAAGGACACUACAGCAUCCAUCCACGGCAGAAACGCUCACAUAGAGCAUCCUCUGUACAGACGCACCAUCCUCCUCCUUCCUUCCUUCCUUCCUCCCACUCUCCUCCUCUCCUCUCUCCUGUUCUGUUUCUAACCCAGAGGACAUCGGGACAUCUUCUCCCCCCUCUCUUUUACCCGGAGACAUGGAUCUAUGGUUUCAUUCGAUCCGGAUUUGCUGGUGGAGGGUUUUGUUUCUGAUGAGUGUUUUCCAGGACUAUCUGAGCUCCAUGCUGGACUGCCCGCCGACCUGCAGCUGCUCUCAAACAGAGAUCUAUUGCAAUAAGUCCGACAACGGCAGGUUUUUCCCUUUACUCGCCCUGCAAGAUACUGGGAGCAAUGGGACCAGUGUUGACAUAGCAGAGUUAUUCAAAAACAUCUCCUCUAUACACAUAGAGAACUGGACGGGAUUGCAGACUCUCAGAGAUGUCGAUAUGGAGCUCUACACUGGACUACAGAGACUAACUAUCAUGAAUUGCAACCUGAGGGUGAUCCAGGCUCGAGCGUUCGCUCAGAACCCACACCUACGCUACAUAAACUUGUCAAAGAAUCCUCUCACCACUCUGUCAUGGCAGCUCUUCCAGCACCUCCAAGUCUCCGAGCUGCGCUUGGACGGUGUUGUGUUUGACUGCGGCUGUGACAUCCGCUGGAUCCAGCUUUGGCAGCAGAGAGGAGAGGCCGGGCUCCACACACAGCAGCUGUACUGCAGGAACGGAGCCUCCAAGAUCCGACUGCACAACAUGUACAUCCACAACUGUGACUUGCCAGAGAUCAGUGUGAGCCACAGCAGUGUGCUGGUGAUGGAGGGCGACAAUGUGACGGUGAGCUGCAAUGGAUCUGGAUCACCGCUGCCUGAAGUGGACUGGACUGUCAGCGGCCUGCACUCCAUCAACACACACCUGUCCAAUGUGUACUGGCCGAACAUCCACUCUAUCAACCUGACUCUUUUCAACAUCAGCCGAGAUGACAACAACUUCCAGCUGACCUGCAUUGCCGAGAAUGUGGUGGGGAUGACCAACUCCUCCAUCCAGCUCAACGUACAAUUUCCUCCUGUCAUCCUGAGACUGGCUGAGCCCGAGCAGCGCCACGAUACCUGCAUCGAGUUCACAGUUCGUGGUUACCCCCAUCCCAAGCUGCGCUGGUUUUACAAGCAAAAGGAGAUUGUCCAGAGCGAUUACAUUCGAACUGAGAUGGACUUCUACCAGGACUAUCUGGAGGGCUGUCUGACGUUUCAGAACCCAACGCACAUUAACAAUGGCAACUACACUCUGGAGGCCAGCAACCCUCUGGGGACGGUCUCCAAGACGGUGUAUGGUCACUUCCUCGUGGACCCGGGCAUCGAUGAUGAAGACAUAGUGGAACUAGUUCCUUCGACGCCGUCAGAUGGAGAUUCAGGCCGACCAGACGAAGAUACGUUUGGGGUUUCCAUCGCCGUGGGUUUGGCGGGCUUCGCUUGCGUCCUCCUCCUCGUCCUUUUUGUUCUCAUCAACAAAUACGGCCGGCGCUCCAAAUUCGGUAUGAAAGGUCCAGUAGCUGUGAUCAGUGGAGAGGAAGACUCUGCCAGCCCUCUUCAUCAUGUCAACCAUGGGAUUAUUACUCCCUGUACUCUGGAUGCCGGUCCAGAUGCCGUUGUCAUAGGGAUGACUCGAAUUCCUGUGGUGGAGAAUCCUCAGUACUUCAGGCACGGACACAACUGCAACAAGCCGACCACCCUUGUCCAGCAUAUAAAGCGGAGAGACAUCAUCCUGAAGAGGGAGUUGGGUGAAGGAGCGUUUGGUAAAGUCUUCUUGGCAGAGUGUUACAAUCUCAGUCCCACCAAGGACAAGAUGCUGGUGGCUGUCAAGACACUGAAAGAUCCCAACCUGUCGGCAAGAAAGGACUUUCAGAGGGAGGCCGAGCUGCUAACCAACCUGCAGCACGACCACAUUGUUAAAUUCUACGGUGUGUGUGUAGACGGGGACCCUCUCAUCAUGGUGUUCGAAUACAUGAAGCAUGGAGACCUCAACAAAUUCCUCAGAGCCCACGGCCCAGACGCCAUGAUCCUGGUAGACGGCCAGCCGCUGCAGUCCAAUGGAGAGCUGGGCCUUUCCCAGAUGCUGCACAUCGCCACCCAGAUUGCCUCGGGCAUGGUCUACCUGGGAUCCCAGCACUUUGUCCACAGAGAUCUGGCAACUCGUAAUUGCCUGGUGGGAAAUGGCCUGCUGGUCAAGAUUGGAGACUUCGGCAUGUCAAGGGACAUCUACAGCAGUGACUACUACAGGCGUGACAGCUGGGCUGGUUCGGACCUUGCUGGGGGCAACGCCAGCAGUUAUGAAGUACUUGCCUGCUGGGUUGGAGGACACACCAUGCUACCUAUUCGCUGGAUGCCUCCGGAGAGCAUCAUGUACAGGAAAUUCUCCACGGAGAGCGAUGUCUGGAGCUUUGGAGUGAUCUUGUGGGAGAUCUUUACCUAUGGGAAGCAGCCUUGGUUCCAGCUGGGUAACAAUGAGGUUAUUGAGUGCAUAACCCAGGGUCGGGUUCUGGAGAGGCCACGGAUUUGUCCUAAGGAGGUGUAUGACAUCAUGCUGGGCUGCUGGCAGAGGGAACCGCAGCAGCGACUGAACAUUAAGGACAUUCAGAAGGUCCUGUUCGCCAUGGGGAAGGCCACGCCAGUCUACCUGGACAUCCUGGGCUAGCAGCCACCCCGGGGGAGGCCCAUUCCUCGCCAGACAGACCGAACGACAGAGACAUACAGACAGACCAACCCACACGAAUCCAGGAAUAACCAAACCAACCUAACUCCACUGUCGAAAAACACCUACAAUGUUUGGGAAGGACUUAAGUGCCUGCAACACUUUUGGAUAUAGUGGAUAUAACGUAUUCAAAAAAACACGCACUUUUACAUUUUGUUUACUUGCGUAUAAGAUGUACAGGUUUGAAGAAGACUUUUUUUUCCUCGAAAAACUGCAAAAAUACACAAAAAUGGAGACAAAAAGGGAACUGGCAAUAGGAAAAUGGCCACAGUUUGAUCAUAUACGGAGAGAACACAUCAGAGUUAAAAUCUAUCCUGGGUUUGGUUUUAUGAAUAUAUAUAGAAAUAUUACAUAUAUUUUAUAUUUAUUUCUUUUUGUCAGGGUGUUGAAGGGUCUGCCAUGUGUGUUGCUAAGGGCUCAGCCCUGCCCCCAAGACGUCACCGACAAACUAUUGGCAGGGACUUGACGAUGGUAGCCUUACUUGCACUCUGAUUGGCUGGCACUGAGCUUUCGAUGGGAACUCUGCUUCUGUGGAAUAAUACUGGAUGGUUUGAAAAAAAACAACAACAAAGGAUCGCUCUAUAGAGGACCUACCCAAUCAGACAACCGACAAAUCUAUUUUAAUUUAAAAAAUAAUGUACAUAUUGUAAAAUUCUAUGUGUCAAAAUUAUGUUAACUUAUUUUUUCGGGUGUUAUUUUGGUUCCUUUUCUGACUGUGAUCUGGGUGGCUAAAGUAUAAAGCUAUGGUAUUUGUUUUCAUCCUAAUCCAGAGGAGCUUUUUCUAGGGUAUUACCUGUGUCAGUGCUGGUAAAUUGUCUUAUGUGGUGAAGGUGAAUGGCAGUGAAUACUGUUCGAUAAGUCAGCCAACACCGAAUCACAGAGACUCUGGAGAAUAGGGGACGACUCGGAGCCAUCAACAUGACAUUUUUCCAAAGAGGCAAUGAAGCCUCAUAUUCACUCUCUAGUCCAUUUGCUUUUUAUGACAAGAAUAAUGCGUUGAUAAGUAAUAUCUUACACCACACCCCGCGAACACAUACACACGCUUUGAGAAACCGUUGUUGUCAGUUUUAGGCUUUUUGGUGUGAAACUGCUUUUCCACUCUAAAGAAAACAUUUUUGUAACUGGAAAUAUGAUUCAAUUGUUAGCUGCAGGUGUGUGCCUCGCAUACAUAGCCUAAGCAAAAGUUUAGCAUAAAGUAAUAGUUAGACACUGUGGUAAAUAGGCUUUUUUACUCUCAUGCUGAGAGUUAGAUGAGAAAAUCAAUGAAAAUCUUCUGUCAGCUCAAUAUGAAGCUAAAACUAGGAGAUGGUUAGAUUAGCUUAGCAUAAAGACUGAAAAUGGUGGGAAAUAGCUUGUCUGGCUCUAUCAGAAAGUAAGAAAAUCCAUGUACCAGCACUUCUGAAGCUUAAAUACGUGUGUUAGCUUAAGCUAAGCUAACCCAUGGAUGUAUUAAGAAAACCUGGACACAGCACACAGGCCGGGCCCUGUUCAUUCCUAUGAGAGCUAAGCAAAAAAAAGCUCUAUUUCCACAGUAUGAAAGUACCCUGGGUUUCUGCAUCA